CUUACUGUCUCUAUCAAACUCUCCAACCCGCCGUCAUCGCCGUCUUUUGCCUGGAGCUGCGGCUGUUUUUGUUUUUCCUCGAGUCGUUGUGUGCCGUGUAGCCGCCGCCAGCCACCCCGUCGUAGUAGCUUCCCCGCCAUUGGAUUGGGCAUACGACAGGGCCAGAGCUUCAGCCUCGUCGCCAACAACGUCUGCCUCCUCUACGAGCUGCACCGUCCGAUAACCCACAACCAUGGCGGACCCCUCAGCGAGCGGAGACUUGAACCUCACCCCGGAGGAGAAGCGCGUCUUCCAGCACCUCUUCCAGCAGGCCGACACAGAGAAGCUCGGCGUCAUCACAGGCGAGAUUGCCGUCAAGUUCUUCGAGCGCACAAAGCUGGCCCCGGCUGUCCUGGGCGAGAUAUGGCAGAUUGCAGACACGGAGAACCGCGGUCUGUUGACCAUGGCCGGCUUCUGCCAGGUCCUGCGUCUCAUCGGGCACUACCAGGCCGGCAGAGACCCGUCGCCAGAGCUCGCCUUCAGACCUGCGCCGCUCCCCAAGUUCGAGGGCCUGUCUAUCCCUGCGGCGCCUCCUGCAGCCCCCGUUUUCACUGCUCAGCCGACGAGCUCCAUACAACCGCAGGUGAGCGGCAGCGGCCCCAUCCGCGUGCCUCCACUGGUACCCGCCAAAGCUUCCGAGUAUGCCGGCCUGUUUGAGAAGUCAGGGGCUGUCAAUGGCGUACUAUCCGGUGAAAACGCAAAGGAGAUCUUUGAAAAGGCCAGGCUACCAAACGAGGUCCUCGGCCGCAUCUGGAACCUCUCAGACACAGAACAGCGUGGAGCUCUCAAUGUUACAGAAUUCAUCAUCGCCAUGCAUCUGUUGGCAUCGUACCGAACCGGGAACAUGAAGGCUCUCCCGACAACACUACCCCCCGGGCUCUACGAGGCAGCUUCUCGAAGAGGCGCGCUUCCCCCACCACCAGGGCGUCCAGACCAGGUAGCCGCCAUUCCUCGCCAGUUCAGCGGCCAAAACGUACCAAGGAACCAAAGUCCUUUGUCGCGGCCUCCAUAUGCUCCGCCCCAGCCAGUACCAGUAACUGGGAGCGAUUGGCUAAUCAGCUCGCAAGAGAAAGCUUCGUACGAUAACCUCUUCAAGGGGGUUGACACAAUGGGUCGUGGAUUUAUAACUGGAGAACAGGCAGUACGAUUCUUUAGCGACUCGGGGUUGCCAGAAGAUAUCCUAGCCGGUAUCUGGGAUCUCGCCGACAUCAACUCCGAGGGGCAGCUUUCGAAGGACGAAUUCGCGGUGGCCAUGUAUCUGAUUCGACAACAGAGGAAGGGUGAUCAGCUCCCUACUACAUUGCCGCCUAGCCUCAUCCCUCCGAGCCUACGAACGGCGGCCAACCAAGCAGUGCCAAUGCCAAGUUCUGCUCCCGAACCAGCACCUCCAACCAUCCGUGCGCCACAGCCCAAGUCUGCUGCCGAUGAUCUGUUUGGCCUAGACGCCUUCUCCGCUCCUGCUCCUGCUCCUCAACAAGCACCACUUUCUACUGGUGGCUCAGGUGUGUUUGGCAAGCCAUUCGACAACGAUCCAUUCUCCAGCAAGGCUGCUUCGCCAACCUCUCCGCACCCAUUCCAGCCGGCACCACGAAACCCCGCUGCCACUUUCAAGCCUUUCUUGCCGAGUUCUUCGUUUGGGCAGACACUCACGGCACAUUCGACUGGCCAGUCAGGAACAUCGGGUGUACAGUCACGCGCAAACCCACCAUCAGCCAUGGACGACUUGUUGGGUGGUGAAAGUGACCCUGAGAUCAACAAGAAGUUGACCCAGGAUUCAACUGAGCUGGCCAACAUGUCAAACCAGAUGACCACACUGCGAAACCAGAUGCAGGAAGUGCAGAACAAGAAAGGCGCGACGGAGAGCGAUGUGAACAGCGUGACUACUCAGAAGCGUGAUCUUGAGCUCCGCUUGUCGCAGUUCAAGACACAGUAUGAACAAGAAGUGAAGGCUGUGAAGACACUGGAGGAUAGACUCGCAAGCUCACGCAACGAGACCCGGAAGUUGCAGCAGGAUCUUGCUAUGAUUGAGGGAAGUUAUCAAGACCUGCAAAACCAACACCGCGAAGUUGGAGGCGCUCUCGAAGCUGACCAGCGCGAGAACAACAACUUGAAGGAGCGCAUCCGACAGCUCAACGCCGAGAUCGCGCAACUACGUCCGCAGCUUGACAAGAUGAGAUCGGAUGCGAGACAACAGAAGGGUAUGGUGGCAAUCAACAAGAAACAGCUCGUCACAAAUGAAGGUGAACGCGAGAAGAUCAAGAACGAGAUGAGCGACUUGAGCAAACCUACGGAGGAGGGAUUCCGUAGCCCACAAGGCCAGAUGUCAACAGUUGCCAGCCCUGCCGCCUCCACGACAAGCCAGAGCACCAAUCCUUUCUUCCGCAAAUCGCCUCAGCCAGUUUCAGAGAACACAAUGUCGCCCUCAGGGUUUGCUCCUCGUGACGGCCCUCACAAGGACUUUGACAGUGUUUUUGGAUCCUUCACAGCUCCUCAGAGCCACCCACCUCCGGUUUCAUUCCGUUCGGAUAGCCAUAGUCAGGUGCCCACCUUUUCUGCUCCCUCUGGCCAGUCUGUUCGCUCCUCUGAGGGGCCUGACGUUCCAACCCCCUCAACUUCACCUCCACUCUCGUCUUACCAGGAGUCUCCGCGUGCUGGAGAAAUGUCAGCCCCAUCCGAAUCUCGCCAAUUUGGGCCUUCGUUCCUGCCUUUGAGGGAUGCCCCGCGAUCUGACUCGUUCAGCUCUUCUGUCAGGGCUACCGGACCUUCUAACAGAUAUGGCGGGCCAGGCAAUCUGACACCUACGAUGUCGCAAGCCUCUCCUGCUAGCACUCCAGUGCCUGAGAAGGCUUCUCUCGAGCGAAGUGAGCCUGCGCGCACAGAGGCGGAUGGAUUCAACGGUUUCAACUUUGACAGGAACUUCUCGGCAUCUCCAGUAGCUAGUGUUACCAGUGACACACGCUCAAUUUCGAAGCCGGAGGAACGCAAAGACCCGUACGCCAGCUUUGGGGCUCCAUCGGUUCCAGUGGAUAUUCCUGGAGCUUUCCCACUAGAGACCCCAACACCUCUCCAGCAGAUGCAGACAGGGGAGAGCCAUCUGAGCAACCAGAGCAAGAACACCAACCGCACCGAUCUCUUCGGAGGUACCCCAAGUGAACAGUCCCGAUCAGGCGGCAAGGUCGAUUUCGACGCUGCCUUUGCUGGCUUGGGUGCCAGUCGUCCUAACACAUCCUCUGCAUCUGGACCAGCCCUCAAUGCGGAUGGCUCGACCAGGUUCAACAAGGAGUUUCCUCCUAUCGAAGACCUCGCUCAUGACGACGACAGUGAUAGCAACGAUGGUCAAGGUUUUGCAGACAACUUCACUUCCACGUCUCCCAAUCAGAAACGCUCCAGUGUCGGUGAAAAGCGACAGUCUCAGCAACAGCGACCAGGUACCGCUUCUUCCGAUGAGCUUUACAGGGCGCCUCCUCCUACUACUCGUCUGGACUCGAACCUGGGUGGACUGCCUUCUCCAAGCGCGCAAAAGUCCCCGCCGUCGUACGACUCGGCCGUCAGCCCGCACCGAACCAGCUCGAACCAGUUCCCACCUGAGUUCGGCGGUCUUCUUCCGUCACGCGAGAUUGCCAACUCGCCACCUGCUAUGCAAUCUCCAGAGAAAUUGUUCAGUCCUUCAGGUGGCCACGGUGCCGCUCUGUUUGGUGGUUCUUCCUCGAAGUCGAUGACAACAUCGCCGCCGCCUUCAGACAUUCCUCUGCCUUCCGAUAACUAUCAUUCCGCGAUGUCCUAUGGAUCCAAUGACACAAACAAGGGACCUUCGCCAUCCUCCAACAUUCCCCAGCUCGGCCGAUCUGCUUUCAACGACGACUUUGACGCUGGCUUUGACGACCUGACUGAGGCUAAAGAAGACGACAAGGCUGAUGAUGACUUCAUGUUCUCCUCGCAGCGCAGCGAGGGACUGGAUGAAUUCAACCCCGUGUUUGACUCACCAGCAGCAUCAAAGGCAAACACGAUGGCUUCACAACAGACCCCCACCGGAAAGCAACGCGGCGACGAUAGCUUUAGCGACUUCGAGCACCUGUCGCAGAGUUUCGGACAACCUCAAGGCCCACAGCCUGCUGCUUCUCAAGACUGGGAUGCUAUCUUCUCCAACUUCGAGCCCUCCCAGACCGACAAGAACUCUCAGCAAACGUCAAACGACUUUGGCAAGUCCGUCUUCGAUGACCUUGACAAGGAGGAAGCUUCCUCUUCAUCGUUGAAGGCGCCUCAGAUGCCCCAGCUCGGCCGCGCUAUCAGCUCAGGAACGGAGCACGAUGACCCUAUCUUGAAGAAGUUGACCGGUAUGGGGUUCGCACGUAACGAUGCUCUGUCCGCACUCGAGCAGUUCGACUACGAUAUCAACAAGGCCACGGAUUAUCUGUCGGCAAACCACUCCACGCAUGAUGCGUUCUAAACUCAAUCUCUGCUCCAGCUUGCAGAAUCUUGCGAAUGUGACAGCUACGAGAAGAUCUAGUUGCGAACUCCGGAUCAACCAGGUCAAUCUAGCGCAACACACAGUAUCUUGGAUGGAUUUCUUGUACGAGUACAACUUUGCAGCAUGGCUUGCCCAUUUUCAUACCCUUGAGCGUUGAUCUGUUAUCUCGAGCAACGUUAUCAGCUGCGUCAACGGCGGCAGCGCCCUUCGUUCCUUUGACUUUUCCUUGUAGUAUUGUAUUUGUUUGAAAUCAGUUUGGUGGUAGGUGGUGGAUUGGCACGAUUCAGCGUCUGCACUUACAUUGCAAAUAAUUAAUCGUUUUGUUCUUGCCUAAUACGCGAUCCUUGCUAGUGUUUGUAUGGUAGACGUUGAUGCAAACGGCCUACGCCCACAUGUGCCAACUUCGGGGAUGUCGCCACAAUAACGCGUAC